AAGCGACCACCCGGGAGAGCCGACCCCCAGCUGCCUCCGGCGCCCCCCACCUUUUGCACCCCAAGCCGGGAGCGCCAGGGAUCCCCUCUCCCCAGGCGCCACCAUGCUGGACCCUUCGUCCAGCGAAGAGGAAUCGGAUGAGAUCGUGGAGGAGGAGAGCGGCAAGGAGGUGCUCGGUUCGGCCGCGUCCGGAGCGCGCUUCGAGAAGGAGAAAGAGGAGUUGGAGCGACUGCAGAAGGAGGAAGAGGAGAGGAAGAAGAGGCUGCAACUCUAUGUGUUCGUCAUGCGCUGCAUAGCCUACCCCUUCAACGCCAAGCAGCCCACCGACAUGGCUCGCCGGCAGCAGAAGAUCAGCAAACAGCAGCUGCAGACAGUUAAGGACCGUUUCCAGGCUUUUCUCAACGGAGAAACACAGAUUGUGGCUGACGAAGCCUUCAUGAACGCUGUCCAGAGUUACUAUGAGGUGUUUUUGAAGAGCGACCGCGUGGCUCGCAUGGUCCAGAGUGGGGGCUGCUCUGCUAACGACUCACGGGAGGUCUUCAAGAAGCACAUCGAAAAGAGGGUGCGCAGCUUGCCCGAAAUCGAUGGCCUCAGCAAAGAGACUGUGCUGAGCUCCUGGAUGGCCAAGUUUGAUGCCAUCUACCGUGGGGAAGAAGACCCCAGGAAGCAGCAGGCUCGUAUGACGGCCAGUGCAGCCUCUGAGCUGAUUCUGAGCAAGGAGCAACUCUACGAGAUGUUCCAGAAUAUCCUUGGAAUCAAGAAGUUCGAACACCAGCUCUUGUACAAUGCCUGUCAGCUGGAUAAUCCAGAUGAACAAGCAGCACAGAUCAGACGGGAGUUGGAUGGACGUCUCCAAAUGGCAGACCAAAUAGCCAGGGAACGCAAAUUUCCCAAAUUCGUUUCCAAAGAAAUGGAAAACAUGUACAUUGAGGAGCUGAAGUCAUCUGUCAACCUGCUCAUGGCCAACUUGGAGAGCAUGCCAGUUUCCAAAGGUGGAGAAUUCAAGCUGCAGAAACUCAAACGCAGCCACAAUGCUUCCAUCAUCGACAUGGGAGAGGAGAGUGAGAACCAGCUCUCCAAGUCAGAUGUCGUGCUGUCUUUCUCCUUGGAGGUGGUGAUCAUGGAAGUCCAAGGCCUCAAAUCCUUAGCUCCAAAUCGCAUUGUGUAUUGCACAAUGGAAGUGGAAGGAGGAGAGAAACUACAGACUGACCAGGCCGAGGCUUCUAAACCAACCUGGGGCACCCAGGGUGACUUCUCAACAACCCACGCACUGCCUGCUGUGAAGGUGAAGCUGUUCACAGAGAGCACCGGUGUCCUAGCCUUGGAGGACAAGGAGCUUGGACGGGUUAUUCUCCAUCCCACUCCAAACAGCCCCAAACAGUCAGAGUGGCACAAAAUGGCAGUCUCCAAAAACUGCCCUGAUCAAGAUCUAAAAAUCAAACUUGCUGUCCGAAUGGAUAAGCCUCAAAACAUGAAGCAUUCUGGGUAUUUAUGGGCCAUCGGUAAGAAUGUCUGGAAGAGAUGGAAGAAAAGAUUUUUUGUAUUGGUGCAGGUCAGUCAGUACACGUUUGCCAUGUGCAGUUACCGGGAGAAAAAAGCAGAACCUCAGGAACUUCUACAACUGGAUGGCUACACUGUGGAUUACACUGACCCCCAGCCAGGUCUGGAGGGUGGUCGUGCCUUCUUCAAUGCAGUCAAAGAAGGAGACACCGUGAUAUUUGCAAGUGAUGAUGAGCAAGAUCGCAUCCUGUGGGUCCAAGCCAUGUAUCGGGCCACUGGGCAGUCACACAAACCUGUGCCUCCAACCCAAGUUCAGAAACUCAACGCCAAAGGAGGAAAUGUCCCUCAGCUGGAUGCCCCCAUCUCUCAAUUUUACGCAGAUAGAGCUCAAAAGCAUGGCAUGGAUGAAUUUAUCUCUUCCAACCCCUGUAACUUUGACCACGCUUCCCUCUUUGAGAUGGUGCAACGCCUCACUUUGGAUCACAGACUUAAUGAUUCCUAUUCUUGCCUGGGCUGGUUCAGUCCUGGCCAGGUGUUUGUACUAGAUGAGUAUUGCGCCCGAAACGGAGUCCGAGGGUGUCACCGACAUCUCUGCUACCUCAGAGACUUGCUUGAGCGAGCAGAAAAUGGCGCCAUGAUUGACCCCACCCUCCUUCACUAUAGCUUUGCCUUCUGUGCAUCCCAUGUCCACGGGAACAGGCCUGAUGGAAUUGGAACUGUGACUGUUGAAGAGAAAGAACGUUUUGAAGAAAUCAAAGAGAGACUCCGGGUUCUGUUGGAAAAUCAGAUUACACAUUUUAGGUAUUGCUUUCCAUUUGGUCGACCUGAAGGUGCUUUAAAAGCUACUCUCUCACUCUUGGAAAGGGUUUUAAUGAAAGAUAUCGUUACCCCAGUUCCACAAGAGGAGGUAAAAACAGUCAUCCGUAAAUGUCUAGAGCAAGCUGCUUUAGUCAACUAUUCACGACUGUCAGAGUAUGCUAAAAUUGAAGAAAAUGUAGGCCGCUUAAUCACCCCUGCCAAAAAGCUUGAAGACACAAUCCGUCUUGCUGAACUAGUCAUUGAAGUUCUUCAACAAAACGAGGAGCACCACGCAGAGGCCUUUGCGUGGUGGUCAGACUUAAUGGUGGAGCACGCUGAGACGUUCCUGUCGCUCUUUGCGGUGGACAUGGAUGCAGCCUUAGAGAUGCAACCCCCAGACACGUGGGACAGUUUUCCACUGUUUCAGCUGCUGAAUGAUUUUCUCCGUACUGACUAUAAUUUGUGCAAUGGAAAAUUUCACAAACACCUGCAAGACCUGUUUGCCCCACUUGUUGUUAGAUAUGUGGAUUUGAUGGAGUCCUCAAUUGCACAAUCCAUUCACAGGGGCUUUGAGCGGGAGUCAUGGGAACCAGUCAACAAUGGAUCGGGCACGUCAGAAGAUCUGUUCUGGAAACUUGAUGCCCUUCAAACCUUCAUUAGGGACUUGCACUGGCCCGAAGAAGAGUUUGGGAAACACCUGGAACAACGGCUAAAGCUGAUGGCAAGUGACAUGAUUGAGUCGUGUGUCAAAAGAACCAGGAUUGCAUUUGAAGUUAAGCUGCAAAAAACCAGUCGAUCAACAGAUUUUCGAGUCCCACAGUCAAUAUGCACCAUGUUUAAUGUUAUGGUUGAUGCCAAAGCUCAAUCAACAAAACUUUGCAGUAUGGAAAUGGGCCAAGAGUUUGCUAAAGCGUGGCAUCAAUACCAUUCAAAAAUAGACGAACUAAUUGAAGAAACUGUUAAAGAAAUGAUAACACUCUUGGUUGCAAAGUUUGUUACUAUCUUGGAAGGAGUGCUGGCAAAAUUAUCCAGAUAUGACGAAGGGACUUUGUUUUCUUCUUUUCUGUCAUUUACCGUGAAGGCAGCUUCCAAAUAUGUGGAUGUACCUAAACCCGGGAUGGACGUGGCCGAUGCCUACGUGACUUUUGUCCGCCACUCUCAGGAUGUCCUGCGUGAUAAGGUCAAUGAGGAGAUGUAUAUAGAAAGGUUAUUUGAUCAAUGGUACAACAGCUCCAUGAACGUGAUCUGCACCUGGUUGACGGACCGGAUGGACUUACAGCUUCACAUAUAUCAAUUGAAAACUCUAAUUAGGAUGGUAAAGAAAACCUAUAGAGAUUUCCGAUUGCAAGGGGUCCUGGACUCGACCUUAAACAGCAAGACCUAUGAAACCAUCCGAAACCGUCUUACUGUGGAGGAAGCCACGGCCUCAGUGAGUGAAGGUGGGGGCCUGCAGGGGAUCAGCAUGAAGGACAGCGACGAGGAAGACGAAGAGGACGAUUAGACCAUUAGACCAUUGGAUCCUAGAGCCUGCUGGGAGGGAGCACUGUAACCAAUGCAUGUCCUUAGUCUGUUAGUUAACCCAUUAGGGAAUUUUCUGUCAACUCCCAUGCCCAUGAGAUGUUUACCAAUACAGUUGCCAUUUUAGCUAUGUGGUACCAAGAUUAGCAAAUGACCUUUAAAUCCACCGAUGCCCCAAUUCCAUGUCUAUAUGUUUACAAGCAAUAUGGAGCACCAUUCUUUAAAUACUGUUCAUGGAGAAUACAUAAUCCAACUGCUAGGUGUGUCCCUAUUAUAAGUGAAGUUAAGUGAUGCUUCAUUACUAUACUGUGUAUACAUUGACAGUAAAUGGAUGUGAGGGCGAGUACACAAACUACUUUCAUUUGUGUCAUGUACGUGGAUGCCAAUUAUUUAAAUGACUACAUAAAUUAAUUUAAUUAAGACGCAUAGAUCUGCUUUGAUUUUUGAUAAACAAAAAGCAAGGCUCCAAUAACAACUUUGGGUUCUUUCUGCCCCCCUAAAGCUAAAAUACGAACCCUUUCAUUCAUCCAUGUAGUUAGCCAAAACAUCCAAAGGAUGUUAACUCAUCCUUUCAUUCAUCCAUGUAGUUAGCCAAAAAAAAAAAAAAAGGAUGGCUGCAUACCAAUGGAUUGAUGCUCUUCAAAGCCACAGCAAGGGCAAUCCUAUCAUGAUCUACCAUCAAGCACAGUUCAGAGCAACUGUCUUCUGUCACAGUUCAUCCUAUUAAAUGUUAACAUUUUGCUUUUAAGUUUCAAUAACUAUGUAUGUAAAAAAUAAACCUGAAUAUUUAAAUUACAACCCUAGACUAUAAAUGUGUUUAUAAUAAGAUAUGGAUAUUCCUUCAGUAGAUUGUAACCAUAAUUUAAAUUAUUUUGUUCCACAAUGUUUUUUAUAUCUGUCAUGUACAUUGCAUUUUGAUCUGUCACUGAACGACCCUGGAGUCCUCUGCAGAGCUGUUUCUUUCUGUGUAAAGUAGUGGUUCCAUCUUGCUUUUGCCUUAUGUAAAGCCUACAGUUAUGAAAGUGUAGAAAACUGUGGCUCCUCAAUAAAUAACUAUUCAGAUGUCCUAAGAA